GAGCCAUGCUUGUCGAUGUGCUUGUUAACGAGUUUCAUCACGGUGGGAAGAAAGAAACAACUUUUGAUCAUGGACCACAACCCCAAGCUUGCGUCUCUUGCUGCUCGUUUGGUAGAGCCCAAUUACCGACCACGCGACGAGGAAGACGACGAAGAUGCGUUGUUCGCUGAACUUGAAGAGGAAAUCGAAAACGACAGCAGCGCAGAAAUCCGAGAAUAUGGCAUGAAGCUUAUUCGAGAGCAGAUGGAUCAAUUGAACGAUAUGAAGGACAACAAACAUGGUCAAUACUCUGAAAUAUCAGAUGAGAAGGAGGUCGUUCGCGCCUGUGCACGCGAAACGAAGUGUGUAGUGCAUUUCUACCAUUCAAACUUCAAGCGAUGCGAGAUUAUGGACAAGCACCUGGCGAAAAUUGCGCCAAAAUAUUUUAACACUCGCUUCUUCCGCGUCUUUGUCGAAAAUGUCCCCUGGCUCGUCGAAAAACUGGGUAUCAAGGUCCUGCCCUGUGUAAUCUGCUUUGUGGAUGGCAUUUCCAAAGACAGAUUAAUUGGGUUCGAGGAGUUGGGAAAUAACGACGCAUUCGAUACAGCUGUCCUCGAAAUGCGAUUAGGAACUUCUGGUGUUAUAGAAAAGACUUCCUCUUCAAAGGGCGGGUUAGGACCUGUGUACUCGAACAGUUCAUCUUCACGACUAUACCAAGUAAACAACCAAGAAGUGUUUGAUUUGGACGAAUGA